AUGGAAUCACUUCCAAAUGAAAUCGUUUUGAUUGUGUUUAGUUAUCUUAAAACAUAUGAUAUUGUCUAUGCAUUUUAUUUUCUUAAACGUCGUUAUGCACGUCUUAUUGAAGAAUUUCGAUCGUUUUCAACAUCGAUUAAUCUUAUAAAUGCUUCUUUACCAAUAUUCAAUUUAUAUUAUUCAUUAAUAUUUCAAUCAUAUCAUAUAAAUAAAUUCAAUAUUGAAAAAGUUAAAAUUGAAUGUAAAAUGUUAAAUAAAUUUAUAUUAAAUGAAAAAAUAUUUCCUCGAUUAGAAUCAUUAUCAAUAAUUAUACGAAAAACAAAUGAAUUAACAAUUUUAUUAAAAUAUUUUUCAUUUUUUACACAACUUAAACAACUUUAUAUAAGAAGUGAUGUUUGUUGUUGUGAUCGAAUAUUAUUUGAAGAACAAGUCAAACAAAAUUUUUUUCAAACAAAUAAAAUACAACUUCAAUCAUUAACAUUUGCAACACCACCAUGCUUUUCAAUUUCAUUACAAGAUAUCAAUUUUGAACAAUGUUUACUUACUAACUUGACAUUAACUGUUCGUUCAAUGAAUGAUUUUUGUUCAAUAUUGAGUAGUGCUCGUCAACUUCGUUCACUUUGUAUACGUGUCUUAGAUACAAAUAUUAAUCAUCAAAAUCCAUUAACAAUAACAAAAUCUUGUCCGCAUUUAAAAUAUUUUUUAUUUAUAUGUUUAAAUUCAGUUUCUUAUGAAAUAAUUAAAAAUAUAUUUAAAACAUUAAUAUCAAUUGAAAAAUUAAGUUUUUCAUUAGUUUUUGAUUAUCAAUCAGGUAUUAUUGAUGGUAAUCGUUUAUAUAACGAUAUAUUUAUAUAUUUAUCAAAUUUAAUUAAUUUACAAUUUGAAAUAAAAUUUUCAUUAUCAAUUAUAUCAAAUAAUUUAAUACAAUCAUUUGAAACACCAUUUUGGUUACGUUUUUCACCAAUAGGUUUUCAUUCAUAUAAUCAUAUAUAUACAUUACCAUUUCCAUUUCAUCAUGUUGAUCUUGAUCAAACAAUAUUAAAAAGUCAACAAACAAGAAAAUUAAAAUAUAAUUGGCGUUUUGUAUAUGAUAUUAAUUUAUAUGAUCGUAUACCAUAUACAAAUGAAUUUUUAAUUUAUCUUCGUAAUGAAUUUAUAAAUUUAACAACAUUAACAUUAAAAUGGAAAUUUGAUUUAAUGAUAUCUAUACCAUCAUUAUCAACAUGGUUUAAUUUACCAACAAUUCGUCGUUUAAUUAUUAAAUUAACUUCAUUACAAAAUCCUGAUAUAAUUAAAGAAUUUUUACUUUGUUUACCUAAUUGUGAUACAUUAGAUUGUGAUUAUAUUCUUAUUGCACGAGUAACAUCAUAUUUUCGUCCUAGACAUGUAUUAAAUGAAUUUGGUAAACGAUUACGUUUAUUAAUUGUUGAUGAACUUCCAUCGGAUUGGAAAAUUGAAAUGAAAAAAAGACAUAAUAUUUAUUUUCAUAGAUUUCGACAAUUUUUUCCUAAUAUUGAAUGUCCUCUGUAUUAUUAA